AUGGAGGACAAGUCGCUCUCGUCGAUAUCAUUUGACGAUGGCUCUGUCGACGGACUUCCCCCAUCGACAAACCAGCUCCAAAACGACCAAAGUGUGCUCUGGAAAAAACGUGACAAAGACUUGGAACCCAAACGUAUUACUAUCAAAAAGAUCCGGAGGAAGGAUGAAGCAAGUGAAGACAUGAGGAAAAUGAUAAGAAACAUGAAAACACGUGGAUUUUCAAUCAAAGAAAUUUGUAUUUUAACUGACUUAACAAAGGACGUUGUUAUUAAAUACAUUCCAGACUUACUCAACGACGAAAAAAUAUGUACAGAGCAAAUUGACGCACACCACACUAAAAGAGGUCGGAAAAAGUCUGACAAUAUUGAACUUCAAAGUAAGAUUCAAGACUGUUUCGACGAGGACAACUCAAUGACACUGAGAAACAUGAAAGAAAAGUUGAAGGAGGAUGGCAUUGAAAUAUCCGUUUCGUAUCUUUCGAAAACAAUCAAAAAGAUGGGGAUCAGACAUGACAAGAAAACAGUAAUGACACCACAAACUGUUAGAAACUCGAACGAGCAACAACAAAUGUUUCAAACAAUCACAGAGUCCGUCUUUGUUUCCCCACCACACCAAAACAACACACGUCCACCUCCUCUUUUGUAG